CUCCGAUGUGUUGAAUGGCGGAUGAGAAUGAAGCUGGGCUGGUGGGGAGGUUAGCAGAGGACGUCAGCGAUAAAAGGGGGAGAUGAUUGGAAUGGACCUACUCAAGCACAAUGUCGUCUGAUGAGCAUGUCGCGAGUCCAAUGGAGGAGAAGCAUGCGAGCGAGAUCAUUGGCUCCAGACGAGAUUCGACGUACAGUGCAGGGAAGAAAGACUCAUCUGGCGGCGUGACUGAAGAUGUAGUGGCUGUCGAAGCGUGAGUCACCGGAGGGGGCGGGGUGAAAGGUUCAGUCAUAGGCCAUAGCUCAAAUGGAUGGGUAGCAUGUUCGCGGAGGAUGAUAUCUCCGAUGAAGAAUACAAGCGUGUCAAGAGGAAGACGGAUCUGAUCUUGAUUCCACUCAUGUUCUGGAUGUACGGUAUCCAACAAUCCGACAAGACUGGUCUAGCGACGAUGAACAUUUUCGGACUUCAAACGGAUACACACAUGCACGGAAGGGAAUACAGUCUACUCACCGUCAUGUUUUACGUCGCAUAUGCCAUCUUUGAAUUCCCAUUCAACUAUCUCAUGCAGAGGCUGAACAUUGGCAAGACGCUCGCAGUGUUCAUGUUUCUCUGGGGGAUCGUGGUAUUCGUUCAAGCCUUCUUCAAGACGUGGGCAGAGUUCAUGGUCUUUCGUACGCUCCAGGGUAUGCUGGAAUGCACCAUCUCACCAGGUUUCAACAUCCUCAUCGCGAAAUGGUAUACUAGCCGAGAACAUUCCUCUCGUGCCCUCUGCUUCCAAUCUGCAAAUGCCCUGUGGGGGAUUCCUGUCAACUUGACAUUUUACGGAGUCGCAAAGUACGAAGAACAUCACCCGGGAAGUUUUAGAGCUUGGCGAUCCAUGUCCUUGUUCCUCGGUACCCAGACGCUGAUCGCCUCUGUCCUGGCGUGGUUCUUCCUCGGUACACCGAACGAUGUCAGAUGGUUGACCAAGAGGGAAAAGGUCGUCGCUCAGGCUAGAGUCUUGCGGAAUCACGCGGGGACAGAUAAGACAGGGACCAAAGGUUGGAAUUGGGAUCAAGCUUGGAGCACGUUUGCCGAUCCCGUACUGUAUUUUCAGUUCUGUAUCACCUUUCUGGCCUGCAUCGUCAAUGGCGCCUUGACAACUUUCGGGACACAGAUCCAGACGUCAUUCGGCUUCUCCCCUUACCAGGUGGUUCUCUAUGAUAACGUCCGAAACACCAUCUCAACCAUUUGGUUCCUCAUCAUUGGCAUCUCGUCGACCAGGUACCUCGGUAUCAGAAUGUACUGGAUGAUCGUAUCAACCGCAGUGGUCUUUAUUGCAAUGCUCGUGAUCGCUUUGCUCCCGAUUGAAGAUCAGUAUCGAUGGCCGAAACUUGGCUGUUACUGGUUGACCAAUUUCCAAGUCAUUCCCUCCUUCUCGGCCUGGGCGCUCAUAUCAUCCAACACUGCUGGCCGGACCAAGAUCUCCGUUCUCAGCGCCAUGGUCUUCAUCGCGUACUGUACGGGCAACAUUGCCGGAAGUCAAGUCAUGAAGCCUAAAGAUGCCCCACACUAUGUCCCCGGAGUCAUCACGAUGAGCACAACAAUGGGCGUCAGCUGCCUCGUCAUUACCCUUUGGAGAUUGUAUCUCGUCAGACAGAACAAGAAAAAGGCAGAAAUCGUCGCUGCCAUGGGAUUGACGCCUGAAGAAGCGGAGAGAAGGGGUCAAGAGUUGGGCGCUCAAGACGUUACGGAUGUGGAUAAUCCGUUCUUCCGGUAUUCCAUGUGACCAUGGGCUUUGUUCAGCCAGAUUUCUAUCGUAGUCGGUGUCGAAGGAAUCAUAAAACGUUGUGUUUGGCCAGUCGAUGCAUCCAAUUGAGAGCCCGCUGCC